AUGGUGUGUCAGCUUCACGACGGCAUGACGGCACGCGUCACGGACAAUGAGACCGUCUCAGAGGCAUCCGCAAUGACUAACGGAGUGAAUAAGGACUGCGUCCUCGCGCCCACCCUCUUCAGUCUCAUGUCCUCUAACAUGCUAAUGGAUGCCUACCGUGGUGAACGUCCCGUGACCUGUGUCGCCUACAGGACGAACAGCCAACUCCUCAGUCAUAGGCGGAUGCACUUCCAGUAG